AGUUAAAAUCAGCUGUUUUUUGUCUCAAGUAUUGGUUCCAGGCCUUAAAAAAUCUUCAAUAUGCCGAGCCAAGUGUCCCGAGGGAGGACUUAUUCCAACAAGGAUGAUUUGGACCGCGCAUUUGGCAUCGUGGAAUCCGAGGUGAAAACGUCGUGGAAGAUCCUCGCCAUGGAGCUUGGCCAGACGUUAGACGAGGUGCUGGUGUUCGAGAGACAGAGCUGGGAUGUUCAGGACCAGUGCAGGAAGAGUCUGGAGUGGUGGCGGCUCAUGGCAGGACGGAAGGGCGCCACGGUGCCUAACCUGGUCAGGGCGCUCAGGCGGUGUCGUCUGGACUGGGUAGCCGACAAAAUAGAGGGUAGAAGUCCGAUAAGAGUGCUCGAAAAGAAGAAAAUGACGUUGAAACCAGGAAUUCUAGGUGGCAUGCAGUUCAUCAAAGAAGCGCCGAAACUUGAGCGAAGCCCGGCACCAAAAUACAAGCGCAGUCCAAGUCCAGUUCAGAUGACCACACCACAAGAUGAUGACCAUUCUCCUACAUUUAUCAUAGUAAAAAAGAAGUCCAAAACACGAAAGGACAAAAAGCGUUCACAAUCAGAACCAAGAAAGUCGAAGGUUACUAUUUCUGUAAACCAAGAACAAGCAAGACCCAGCAGCCAACAGUCGGUAAACCAAGAAGAAACAAGACCAAGGGAGCAGCCUCCAAAAGCGGCGACGCACUACACAAAAUUGCAACGGUCAGAAACCGUCCAUUCGAGCGCCCCCACGCGUACCCAGAUCGGUACUGCACCCCCAAAUAUCGUUGUUUACGAUCAAGUAUCAACAAGACCCAGGGAGGAGCCUCCACAAUCUGAACCAAGAAAUUCGAAAGUUACUAUUUCUGCAAACCAGGAACAAACAAGACCUCGGGAGCAGUCUCCAAAAGCGACUAAACACUACACAAAACUGCAACGGUCAGAGACCAUUCACUCCAGCGCCCCCACGCGUACCCAAAUCAGUACUGCAUCUCCGAAGCUACCAGUUGCUCCUCCUAGAACAAAGCAGACAAGGCACAGUCGGUUCCUCGAACACAGGGGCAGGGCAAAACCCCGCGAGCGUACCAUAGACGGCAUCAAAAGCUACCAGCGAGUUUCCACCCGCUCCAAAAAGAAGCCACGGCCAAUCGAAGACAUAACUGACUGGACCAGGGUAACCAUCCAUCCCCCUGAGACAAGGAGAGAGAGAAAGAAAGAGAGACCGUAUAGUCAGAGCGGUGUCGCACGUAUUGUACCGAGUACAUCGCUCAAGACUGCAGAAGAGGACGAACUACUUUACUGGGAAAAGCCGUCGAAAAAUGAGAGCUACGGGCCCGUCAUUCCAAUUCUACAAACAAGGGCGAGGGAGACACCCCCGCCGGUAGUUCCACCCAGACGAAAACGGAGAAAGCCGUCGAGCCGUCGGCCGUCUACAAUCUACACCGAGUACCUCAACAACGAAACAAGCGACGAGAAUAGCCGAAGGGACGACGAGCGCGGCCGACGCCGCUCCUACCGAGGCAUCGUGCUAGAUCGGGAGACAGACCGCGUGGACGAAGACCCACUGCAAGUGAGACCGUCUACAGAAACUUCGCGACGACAACUGAGAGAUCGAGGAGCAAGAAAUGUACCAGUUAACCGGGACGUGGAAGAGCAAAAUCGGCAGAACUUGGACACGGAAGCCGUGCAGGAGUCUCACCGAUACGACAAUCUUCUGCUGGUCGGCGGCAGUCACCAAACAUUCGCGCAACAACGACGAACAGUUGCCGAAGACCAGGCGACCGACAACAGACUGAACUUAAACCAAGAACAAACACAAGAAGAACGAUACGCAACGACGUCACGGCUUCCUGAAAGAAAUUUCGCAGCAGAAACCGGCGAAGAACAUCCGUUCCCGCUUCACUACGCCGAAAUCGUGAAAGAGGAGCUGAUCAUAUACUACCCGCUGGACGAAUUUGAGACGGACUCGAACUAUUCUGAGAGCUUGAACGACGACACGCCGUCAGAAACAAGUCCGUCUGAAGAGCCCGUCUUCCAUACCGCAGAAGUUCUGAGGGAAGAAAUGGUGAUCUACGUUCCGCAAGAAGAGUUUGAACCAGUCGAAGACGUCCAGAGUGCAACAGGGAUACGGCAUGGUGAUAACAACCAUAAUUUAAACGCUGGGCGUACUAGUAUAUUUGAGGAAUAUGUGAGUAACCACGGUGCACGUAGAGAAUCAGUUGACCGCUCUACCGGGCCGUACAUGUCUUCUGCAAACGUACGACGAGAAGACUCCGAAUUACACGCAAGCCAUGGACGGUUGGGAAGGGACUACGUCGAAAUGUCUCGCAGAGUCUCGCGAGAAUCAACAGGUGGCGGCGAGACCCAGGAUCGAACCAUGGCGACGGGCUUCUUUUAUACCGAAAGUCCCGGAAAAAACGGAGAAAACAACAACAACGCCGAAACAGACGACGUUUUUGACGAUAGCAGGUUUACCCGACUGAAUUUGCAGAGGAAGGCUGCAUCUGUUGAGCGGAUGGACAGUUUGCGGAAGAAGACCGUCUCGUUUUCUGAACAACCUGUCGUCAUUCCAUCCUCUGACAGGCAAGAGGAGGACAGAAACCGGGGAAACUAUGCUGACGCAAUGCUCUGGUAAACAGAACGACAACAACAACAACGACAACAAGAACAACAACGAACAACAACAAAAGUCAAUAACAUGGAAGCAUAGGGUUGAAGAACGAGAAGGCAAAUGGCCAACCAUGUCGAUAUAUUAACGGCACAGCUUUCGUUACAAUAUUAUAUCGCUUAUUAUAUAUACCGUAACUUUUAGUUAUAUUUGGAGAUAAGUUUUGCAAGUAGUUUUUCAUCUCAUCUCCAACUAAAGAGAGUGGUUAGUCAGUUAUUGAGACUCAAUAUUUCACAGUAUGUAGUUUUAUCAAGUCACAAUGGUAUUAAACUGGUGCUAGGGACAAAUGCCUAAGCAUAUAAUCAUUUCAACAUCCUAGUAUCCUAGUAUCUAAUUAAUUACCAGUAUCAUAUGGAUGAGGUGCUAUAUUGGUAGGCAUUGUAAAUUUCGCAAUAAGAUAAUCCCUCUUGAAAAGCGAAUAAUAUACAAAACGACGAAGCUAUAUGUAUGGGCAUACAUGUUUGUGUUGCACGUUGAGAAGGGGCACACAACCAGCUGUACAUCUACUGU